UCUCAUUCCAGAACUGAGACAAUCAAUUGCCUUUGAGAAACUAAAUCAUUACCAUGAGUGGGUGCCCCUUUUUAGGAAACAAUUUUGGAUAUGCUUGGAACAGUUUACGCCUAGAAGACAAUGAAGACAAAUCACAGGCUGGAAUAAAUAAAGCCAGUAAAGGAGGACUCAUCUAUGGAAACUACCUACAUCUGGAGAAAGUUUUGGAUGCCCAAGAACUUGAGAGUGAAAAGAAAGGAAAUAAGAUCCAUGAUGAACAUCUUUUCAUUAUCACCCACCAAGCAUAUGAACUGUGGUUUAAGCAAAUUCUAUGGGAAUUAGAUUCUGUCCGGGAGAUUUUUCAACAUGGCCAUGUAAGAGAUGAAAGAAAUAUGCUUAAGGUUGUUACAAGGAUACACCGAAUUUCAGUGAUUUUGAAACUAUUGGUACAACAAUUUUCAGUUUUGGAAACUAUGACGGCCUUGGACUUCAAUGAUUUCAGAGAAUACUUAUCACCAGCAUCAGGUUUCCAGAGCUUACAGUUCCGACUUUUAGAAAAUAAGAUUGGUGUUCUCCAGAGUCUGAGAGUUCCCUAUAAUAGGAGACACUAUCGGGAUAACUUCAAGGGAGAGGAUAAUGAACUGCUGCUGAAGUCUGAACAGGAGAAAACACUCCUACAGCUGGUGGAGGCAUGGCUAGAAAGAACACCAGGAUUAGAAACAGAUGGAUUUAAUUUUUGGGGAAAAUUGGAAAAGAAUAUCAUAAAAGGUCUGGAAGAGGAAUUCAUAAUGAUUCAGGCCAAAGAAGAAUCAGAGGAAAAAGAUGAACAGAUGGCUGAAUUCCGAAAACAAAAAGAAGUGCUGAUGUCAUUAUUUGAUGAGAAACGGCAUGAGCAUCUUCUCAGUAAAGGAGAAAGACGGCUGUCAUACAAAGCUUUACAGGGAGCAUUGAUGAUAUAUUUUUACAGGGAAGAACCCAGAUUCCAAGUUCCCUUUCAACUACUAACCUCUCUCAUGGACAUCGAUACCCUCAUGACCAAGUGGAGAUAUAAUCACGUGUGCAUGGUGCACAGAAUGCUUGGAAGCAAAGCUGGCACUGGAGGUUCCUCGGGUUACCAGUAUUUGCGCUCAACGGUGAGUGACAGGUACAAAGUAUUCGUAGAUCUGUUUAAUCUCUCGACAUACCUGGUGCCCCGACACUGGAUACCCAAGAUGAAUCCGAUCAUUCACAAAUUCCUUUACAUGGCUGAAUACUGUGACAGCUCUUACUUCAGCAGUGACGAUUCGGAGGAUUAAUGCCAACUGUGAGGAACGCACGAGAACACACUGGAUAGUCAGGCCGUCUCAUGAGAUUGUGUGAAUUGUCAGGAAUGUGUUAAUGGUCCUCUUGUGCUUGAUGAUAUGAUUUAAACACUUCGAUGCAACAUCCAAAGUCUCCUGAUGAAUAUCUUCAUCCCAAAAUGAGGGCACUGGAUUAGGUGGUCAACCACUAAGAUCCUUCCCAGCUCUUAAUCUUUGACCCUGUGAUCCAAGGUGAAUACUCUGGGGAAAUAUUUGAGUUUUGUGAUGAUUUAAUGAAGAUGACUACAAAUUUAGAACUAUUGGAUCUCAGAAAAUAGCCAGUCCAUCAUACUCAUUUUGAAGAUUAAGAAACUGAAGUCUACAAAGGUUGUGAUGUGCUUGAAACCACACAACUAAGCAGCAGAAGUAAAAUUCGAACUCAGGAUCCAAAUCCAACACUGUUUUUAUCUAUUAUGAGAUCAUGGCAAAGUCAGCUAAUUUUUUUUUAAUAUUUACCUUCCAUCUUAGAAGCAAUACUGUGUAUUGGUUCUAAGGC